CGUAGUUCCGCGGCGGGGCUGAGGCAUGUGCGCCGCCCGGAGAGUUCCGCUGCGGCGGAGGCGGCGGCUGGGCGCGGCCAGAGGCGGGGAGGGCCGGGACGGGAGGGCGGGGGAGAUGGAGACGGCCCCGGCCCCCCCCGCAGGCGCCCCCCGAGCCCCCCGGCCCGGCCCCUCUGCUUGCCGCGCAGCCAAGGGCGAAGCCUCCGCCGCCCCUCGGAGCAGCCCCCGGCGGCGCAGGCGGCUCUGCGUGGAGUACGAAGCGCCCCGAGGCGGCGAGGCGGAGGCGGCGCCGCGGUGGGAGCCGGAGGGCUGGCGGCGGCAGCUGGCCCACAUCCGCGCGAUGAGGGCGGCCAGAGACGCCCCCGUGGACCGGAUGGGGGCCGCGGCCUGCGUGGACGGGGCGGCCCCUCCCGAGGUGCGGCGCUACCAGGUGCUGCUCGCGCUGAUGCUCUCCAGCCAGACCCGGGACCAGGUGACGUGGGCGGCCGUGCGGCGCCUGAGGGAGGACGGCCUCACCGUGGACCGCAUCCUGCAGGCGGAGGAAGGCGCGCUGGGCCGCCUCAUUUACCCGGUGGGCUUCUGGAAGAACAAAGCACGAUACAUCAAGCAAACCACGGCCAUCCUGAAGCGGGAUUAUGCAGGUGACAUCCCAAAGACUGUGGCAGAGCUGGUGAAGCUGCCUGGGGUUGGACCCAAAAUGGCCCAUCUCGUUAUGAAUAUCGCCUGGCAGACCGUCUCCGGAAUCGGUGUGGACACUCAUGUGCACCGGAUUUCCAACAGGUUGAAGUGGGUAAAGGAGGAGACAAAACACCCUGAGGAGACCAGGCAGGCCCUGGAAAAGUGGCUCCCCAGGGAACUCUGGAGUGAGUUAAACUGGCUUCUGGUUGGGUUUGGCCAACAGAUCUGCUUGCCUGUAAACCCCCGAUGCAGUGAAUGCCUCAACCAGGCCAUCUGCCCAGCUUCCAGGAAGCACUGAGAGGCAAAGCACUUGACUUGCUAUUCCCACUGGACAUGCUGAUCAUCUGCUGCACGGGGGAGUGAGACCCCUUUGAAGGUGGGCAUCCAGGGGCCACCAACAGACAUGUGAUUCUGUGGCUGACCCUGCUCCUGUGCCGGACACUGGCGUGGCAAGAGGGAUCCUGAUGGGCAAAUCCAGAGGCACGCAGUUUCUGGUCUUCCCAUCCUAUGUACUGGUGCAAGGGGACCAACAGCAAUUGUUUCUACCAAAGACAACCAUAGAGAUGUUUCAGCAGUGGUGUGCCAGACUGUACUGAAAGGAUUGCUCCAUUGGCAAGGGAGCAAUGGUUAGAAAGCUGUUUAAUGAAUAAAAGAUGUUAUUUUAAAACUUGGAUUCCUUCAGUACGUGC